GUCCCCAGGCUGCGGAGUGGCCUGUGAAGUCUCCUGCUAACCUCUCCAGUCUACACCCCUCAGCCACUCUGCCCCAAGAUGGGCCGUGGGGCCGGACGCGAGUCCUCGCCUGCAGCCACCACUGCAGAGAAUGGAGGCGGCAAGAAGAAGCAGAAGGAGAGGGAGCUGGACGAGCUGAAAAAGGAGGUGGCCAUGGAUGACCACAAGCUGUCCUUGGAUGAGCUGGGCCGCAAGUACCAAGUGGACCUGUCCAAGGGCCUCACCAACCAGCGGGCCCAGGACAUUCUGGCCCGGGAUGGGCCCAACGCCCUCACCCCGCCCCCAACAACCCCUGAGUGGGUCAAGUUCUGUCGCCAGCUUUUCGGGGGCUUCUCCAUCCUCCUGUGGAUUGGGGCCAUCCUCUGCUUCCUGGCCUAUGGCAUCCAGGCUGCCAUGGAAGAUGAACCAUCCAACGACAAUCUAUAUCUGGGCGUGGUGCUGGCAGCCGUGGUCAUCGUCACUGGCUGCUUCUCCUACUACCAAGAGGCCAAGAGCUCCAAGAUCAUGGAUUCCUUCAAGAACAUGGUCCCGCAGCAAGCCCUCGUAGUGCGGGAGGGUGAGAAGAUGCAGAUCAACGCGGAGGAGGUGGUGGUGGGCGACCUGGUGGAGGUGAAGGGUGGAGACCGUGUACCUGCUGACCUCCGGAUCAUCUCUUCUCACGGCUGUAAGGUGGACAACUCAUCCCUAACUGGGGAGUCAGAGCCCCAGACCCGCUCCCCUGAGUUUACCCAUGAGAACCCCCUGGAGACCCGCAAUAUCUGUUUCUUCUCUACCAACUGUGUGGAAGGCACUGCCAGAGGCAUCGUGAUUGCCACCGGUGACCGGACGGUGAUGGGCCGCAUAGCCACCCUGGCCUCGGGCCUGGAGGUUGGGCGGACCCCUAUUGCCAUGGAGAUUGAGCACUUCAUCCAGCUGAUCACAGGGGUGGCUGUGUUUCUGGGCAUCUCCUUCUUUGUGCUGUCCCUCAUCCUGGGCUACAGCUGGCUGGAGGCAGUCAUCUUCCUCAUCGGCAUCAUCGUGGCCAACGUGCCUGAGGGGCUGCUGGCCACCGUCACUGUGUGCCUGACGCUGACAGCCAAGCGCAUGGCGAGGAAGAACUGCCUGGUGAAGAACCUGGAGGCGGUGGAGACGCUGGGCUCCACCUCCACCAUCUGCUCUGACAAGACGGGCACCCUCACCCAGAACCGCAUGACCGUCGCCCAUAUGUGGUUCGACAACCAGAUUCAUGAGGCUGACACCACCGAAGACCAGUCUGGGGCCACAUUUGACAAGCGAUCCGCGACGUGGACGGCCCUGUCUCGGAUUGCUGGCCUCUGCAACCGUGCCGUCUUCAAGGGCGGGCAGGAGAACAUCUCUGUGUCUAAGCGCGACACAGCUGGUGACGCCUCUGAGUCAGCUCUGCUCAAGUGCAUUGAGCUGUCCUGCGGCUCUGUGAGGAAGAUGAGGGACAGGAACCCCAAGGUGGCGGAGAUUCCUUUCAACUCCACCAACAAGUACCAGCUGUCCAUCCACGAGCGAGAGGACAGCCCCCAGAGCCACGUGCUGGUGAUGAAGGGGGCCCCGGAGCGCAUCCUGGAUCGGUGCUCCUCCAUCCUGGUGCAGGGCAAGGAGAUCCCGCUGGACAAGGAGAUGCAAGACGCCUUUCAGAACGCCUACAUGGAGCUGGGAGGACUUGGCGAGCGAGUGCUGGGGUUCUGUCAACUGAAUCUGCCCUCCGGAAAGUUUCCUCGUGGCUUCAAAUUCGACACAGAGGAACUGAACUUUCCCACGGAGAAGCUCUGCUUCGUGGGGCUCAUGUCCAUGAUCGACCCUCCCCGGGCUGCUGUGCCUGACGCUGUGGGCAAGUGUCGGAGUGCAGGCAUCAAGGUGAUCAUGGUGACCGGGGACCACCCAAUCACAGCCAAGGCCAUUGCCAAAGGCGUGGGCAUCAUAUCGGAGGGCAAUGAAACUGUGGAGGACAUUGCAGCCCGGCUCAACAUCCCCGUCAGUCAAGUCAACCCCAGAGAGGCCAAGGCGUGUGUGGUGCACGGCUCUGACCUGAAGGACAUGACGUCGGAGCAGCUGGACGAGAUCCUCAGGAACCACACGGAGAUCGUCUUCGCGCGCACGUCCCCGCAGCAGAAGCUCAUCAUCGUGGAGGGCUGCCAGCGGCAGGGAGCCAUCGUGGCGGUGACGGGCGACGGGGUGAACGACUCCCCGGCGCUGAAGAAGGCGGACAUCGGCAUAGCCAUGGGCAUCUCGGGCUCCGACGUCUCCAAGCAGGCGGCCGACAUGAUCCUGCUGGACGACAACUUUGCCUCCAUCGUCACGGGCGUGGAGGAGGGCCGCCUCAUCUUUGACAACCUGAAGAAAUCCAUCGCCUACACCCUGACCAGCAACAUCCCUGAGAUCACGCCCUUCCUGUUCUUCAUCAUUGUCAACAUCCCCCUGCCGCUGGGCACCGUCACCAUCCUCUGCAUCGACCUGGGCACGGACAUGGUCCCCGCCAUCUCCUUGGCCUACGAGGCCGCGGAGAGUGACAUCAUGAAGCGGCAGCCGCGGAACCCGCAGACCGACAAGCUGGUGAACGAGAGGCUCAUCAGCAUGGCCUACGGACAGAUCGGGAUGAUCCAGGCACUGGGCGGCUUCUUCACCUACUUCGUGAUCCUGGCUGAGAACGGCUUCCUGCCGUCACGGCUGCUGGGGAUCCGCCUCGACUGGGAUGACCGGUCCACGAAUGACCUGGAGGACAGCUACGGGCAGGAGUGGACCUACGAGCAGCGGAAGGUGGUGGAGUUCACCUGCCACACGGCCUUCUUCGCCAGCAUCGUGGUCGUGCAGUGGGCCGACCUCAUCAUCUGCAAGACCCGCCGCAACUCGGUCUUCCAGCAGGGCAUGAAGAACAAGAUUUUGAUUUUUGGGCUCCUGGAGGAGACAGCGCUGGCUGCCUUUCUAUCCUACUGCCCAGGCAUGGGUGUGGCCCUCCGUAUGUACCCGCUCAAGGUCACCUGGUGGUUCUGUGCCGUCCCCUACAGCCUCCUCAUCUUCAUCUAUGAUGAGGUCCGGAAGCUCAUCCUGAGGCGAUACCCCGGUGGCUGGGUGGAAAAGGAGACGUACUACUGAGCACACUGGAAAGAAGAACCAGGACGGGAAAGAUGGGGUGCCCUGGAGGGGCUGCAGGGAUGGUGAUGGGGAGGGGUGGUCUUAGGGGAAGAUUUGGGGAGAAAGAAUGAGGCAGUUUAGUAGGCUAAAUGGGGGUGGGUGGGUAAAUAAGCUUGGGGUGAUUGCCCCAGAGACCUAACUCUGAACAGUCAGAUUAGACACUCUCCCCAGACCCUGGCCCAUCCCACUCCACCGUGUUGUCUGCUUUUAUGAGAAACCGAAGGUUACUCCAGCCUCCCCAUUCCCUAUCCCUCUGCCCCCACCUCUCACUAGAACAGACCAACUUCCAAAGGCAGGAACAUGUCUAACCAGGAGGAAGGCAACGGUCUCAGGUCACCAGCCGCAGCCCACGUCCCCCCUUCACCCCUCUUUUGCUUCCUGCCCAACUCUGUCCCGUGCUUCCCCGUCUGACCCAGAAAUCACAAAUGGUUCCUCCUGUCGAGGCCAGAAAGGGAAGCUGGUUGGGAAGCCGGCCUGGCUCCCAGUCCCGGCUAGAUAGGAACCUCUGGCGGAGACUGGGCAGACGCAGACAGUGAGAGGUCAGGGUUUGGGGGCGGAGGCAAACAGCAAGGGGAAAGGAAAGAGAUCAGUGCAUUUGACAGCUGGCAUCUCCAGGUAGGCGCCUGGGCUCCAGCUCUGUGUCCCAACCG